AUGAGCCGAACCCUGCUCAGAGUGGGACACGACGGACGCAGUCUGCUAUGUGCCUACGGCGGCGGGAGGCAAGGCUUGAGUCGUGUAGAGAUGACACCGGGUGUUGACUCGAUUCCCGAAACUCGUCUCGAGUCCACUUAUGCUCAGGCAGGUCGAGUCAGGGAGCAGAAGCUGCGCGUCGCUGACGGUGAUACUUAUACGAAAAGGCCGAAGAAAUACUACCGGCAGGGCCAGGUUGUCAGAAAGGCGCUCCUUGGGGGCGUUACGCUGAGCGGUGUCCGCAAACUCGGCGUACACUUCACAGACACAAAGGGGAAUGCGACGCACGUGUUUGACGGUAGAGAGGCUUGUCUCUCCAAGAAACUGGAAUACGGCGAUUUUGGGCUCCUAAGAGAUGACGUGGCCGAGGGCCUGGGCGGCGAUGUCCAUCCCACUUAA